AGCCCUGUGUCUAAUUCAACAAAAAGUCAACUUUGCGCGAGUUAAAACUUUCUCGUCAACAAGGCUGCUUAUGUAACCACCCCACCGGUAGAACAGGAUAUGCACGAGGACUUUAAAGGGGCGUUUGUUCAGCUGUCACCGAACUUAGACCCUGAAAAAUGUCAAUUAGUAUAAAAGUCGUCGUGUAUGUGUGUUGAAACGCCUGUGACAGCAGCAGCCCCGCGGUGUGCUCUGUAGCUCUCUCCUGCGGAAAGCGACGAAUGGAUUUCCAAAACCUAUGUACCUUUGAAACUUUUAAGCAGCUCUGGGGCCACUACGGGCAUGAGGGAAACUUACGAGACGUGAUCGAGCAGGAGUUCACGCGGAUGAAAGGAAUAACAUAUCUGGAUCAUGCAGCGACUACUCUGUACCCCGAGUCUCUGGUCAGGGACUACUGCCAGGACAUUUCAAGAAAUGUGUACGGAAACCCUCACAGCCAUAACCCCAGCAGCAGAUUGACACAUGACACCGUGGAGAGGGUCAGAUACAGGGUAUUGCAGCAUUUUAAUGCUACCCCCGAGGAGUACUCUGUUAUUUUCACUUCUGGAUGUACAGCAGCUCUCAAAUUAGUGGCUGAGAGCUUUCCCUGGAGGCCACAGACUGAGAGCGAAGCGGGGAGCCACUUCUGCUACCUCACUGACAGCCAUACCUCUGUAGUUGGCAUUAGAGGACUGACUUCUGGCCGGGGGGUGGUUACCUUACCCGUCUCUCCGCAGGAAGUUGAAAACAGGGCAAACUGUGAGGCUCAAGGUGAAGAUGUUAUUUGCCAGACGCCGCACCUCUUCUGCUACCCAGCACAGAGCAACUUCUCUGGAAGGAAGUAUCCCCUUAGCCAUACGAAAGGCAUCCAGGCGAGACGCCUUUACCCAGCAUGUGACCACCAAGGCCGCUGGUUUGUGCUGCUCGAUGCAGCCUCUCAUGUCAGCUGUUCCCCUCUAAACCUACAGGACUGCCCUGCUGAUUUCAUUCCCAUCUCCUUCUACAAGAUAUUUGGCUUCCCUACAGGUCUGGGGGCCCUUCUUGUCCGGAACGACACAGCAGGCAUACUAAAAAAGACUUAUUUUGGAGGAGGCACAGCAGCAGCUUACCUUUCUGGAGAAGAUUAUUAUGUGCAUGUGGCAAACAUUUCUGACAGAUUUGAAGAUGGGACUGUCUCUUUCUUGGACAUCAUUGCUGUAAAUCAUGGUUUUGAAGCUCUUUACAGGAUCACAGGUGGCAUGCACAACAUCCAACAGCACACGUUUGGCUUGGCACGCUACACUUACAUGCUGCUGUCAAGUCUUUGCCAUGGCAACGGGCGACCAGUGGCUCAGAUUUACACUGAAGGCCAGUUUGAGAGUCCAAGCACACAGGGAGCAAUCCUAAACUUCAACCUCAUGGAUUCUCAUGGACAGAUAAUUGGAUAUUCUCAGGUGGACAGAAUGGCAAGUCUGUGCAAUAUUCAUGUGCGCACAGGCUGCUUCUGCAACACGGGCGCCUGUCAGUCCUUACUCGGGAUCACCAAUCAACAGAUGAGGAGAAACCUGCAGGCCGGCCACGUCUGCGGAGACAGCAUCGACCUGGUGGACGGCCAGCCGACCGGAUCUGUUCGCGUGUCCUUUGGCUACAUGUCAACAUUUGAAGACUGUCAAAAGUUCCUGAACUUUGUUGCUGAGUGCUUUGUGGAGAAACCGGUCACUGUGGACCAUGUGAGACUAGAGAAGCUAAAAACAGCCACAGCCGCAUCCAAGGGCUUAAACAAAGACCCUCCAAUCAAAAUAACUAAUGGAGAAAUAUAUAAAGUAGAUGAGAAGGAGGAGCCUAGAGAAGUAUCACUCAGGGGAUCUGGACACAGAGACUCAAACGGCCAUGGGGAGGCUUACACUUUGACCAACAUCUACAUAUAUCCCAUCAAAUCAUGUGGAGCCUAUGAGGUCCACGACUGGCCAGUGGGGCCACUGGGUUUACUGUAUGACAGAGGCUGGAUGGUGGUGAAUGGAAACGGCGUGUGCCUGAGUCAGAAGAGAGAGACGCGUUUAUGCCUCAUUCGCCCACAAGUCCACCUGCCCUCAAACAAAUUGCUCCUGCAGGCAUCAGGGAUGGAUACCAUUUCGCUUCCCCUGGAAAACAACAAUCAAAUGCACACCAGCUAUCGGGUGUGUCAGAGUAAAGUUUGUGGUGACAGGGUGGAGACUGUUGACUGUGGGGAUGAGGCUGCAUCAUGGCUUUCAGACUUCCUUGGACAGCCAUGCCGCCUGAUAAGACAAAGUCCUGAUUUUACCCGAGCCAUGAAGAUGAGGCCUAUUGGAGCUGCUACCUCCACGUCCCUCUCCCUGGUGAACGAAGCUCAGUAUCUCAUGAUCAACCGUGCCAGCGUGGAGCUCAUUCGGAAACUAAUGAGCAGCAGGCAGGAUGAGUCUGAGGGCGAUCAGCUCCUUGACACACAGAAUGUCAUUAGCCGCUUCCGAGCCAAUUUAGUCAUCGCUGGAGUAGAACCAUUUGAGGAAGAUAAUUGGUCACACUUGAUUAUUGGCAACACUCACUUCAUGGUUGCAGGUCUGUGUGGAAGAUGCCACAUGGUUGGAGUAGACCAGGACACUGGGACCAAAACCAAAGAGCCACUAAUGUCUCUGUCAGUCCACCGCACUGGGAAGGUGACCUUUGGUGUGUACCUGACCCAUCAGCUACCAGAGGGCUCCACUACAGCCAGUGUCCUCUCUGCUGGUUCCCUCAUAAAACCAGAGCCACCCAGUUCUUGAAGUGGUCAUCAACCUUUUUAUUUAUUUUGUUAACUGCACUGCACGUCCUAUAAGAUCACCUGUUAAACAAUGUGGGGAGUUUCAAUAUAUGCUCUUUUUUUUGUCUGUGUAGCCCUGGUUGCUGUAGUCCUCUCAAAUGUCCUUUUCAUACCAGAGCAUUCAGAUUUCAUUUUCCCCACAUCUGUUGUGAUGGGAAAUUGGAUUUUUGAACCCCCCCCCCCACCGAAAAUGAUGUGUGCUGCGAUGUGAAGAAUUAGACUAAAAUUAUCAUUUGAAUGUGUUACUGUGAUUUGAGCCAAACAAUGUCAUGUUGAUGCCGUAAUCGCUGCUCAUGUUAACCUUCCAGACAAUUCUUCCUCUGUUUUUCCCCCAUGGAGGGUUAUAUUGCUAUUUAUUCAAAACACACCACCACUGCCACCUCUGCCACAAAUCUAAAACAUAUUGCUCCCUGUAAUGGAAAAACUUCCCAGACAAUCAGUAUAUGCUCCCAAUGUGAUGCGGAGAAAAAGCAAGGUUUAAUCAGAGUACCAUGCUUGUACAUAAAGUAGACAUACCCUUGUAUAUUGCUUAUCUAUGGUGCAGUUAUAAAAAGAGUGGUGGCUGCAAGGUUUUGUACUGCUUGUAGCAGGUUUGGCAGUCUGUGUGUGCCCACAUGUCAAAUGGUCAUUAGAAAUUAUAUGUAUAAAUGUAUUCACAGAUUGGAUAGGGUAGAGAAUAGUACCAGGGAUUCCAAACAAGCAUGACUGAUAGAAGGCCCCGAUCUAAGCUGAACUUAAUAUGUAGAUGGAUGAUAAAUGAGAUGGUAAAUGGUCUCAUUUAUAUGUUUUUAUCCAAUGUGCUUUGCAUGAAAGGAAGUGCAUAGAAAAAAGUGUGUUCGUAAGGUGUUGGACUACUGUGAGCCUCCAGAACACUGUCAGUGGUGGGACUAUACAAGAGAGAUGAACAGCAUUUGUCCCAAAGAUAUUAACUCAUAAGAUAUUUUCAUAGGCCAUAGUAUAUGAUUCACAUCAUUUUACUCAUCAAAUCAAACCCAUCAGUGACUCAUCUACUCUGUUUUUUCCUUAACUAUGUCAUGCCAUCUCUACCUCUUACUGGUGCAUAGACUUGCACUGUCACAGCAAUGUGACAAUGAUAAGUUGGUAAUUGUUUCAAUCAGUGAUGCCUAUAGUUUCUAUUGUUGUAUGUACAGUGGGGGAAAUAAGUAUUUGACCCCUUGCUGAUUUUGCAGGUUUGC